AUGAGCAACCUGGAAAAGACACUCUUUCAGCUUAAAUUCACUGCCAAAACUCUGAAUCGUCAGUCGAAGAAGGCUCAAAAGGAUGAGACCUCGGAGAAGGCCAAGCUGAAGAAGGCGCUUGUGCAGGGUAACACGGACGGAGCCAGGAUUUAUGCGUCAAACGCCAUACGAAAGAAGAAUGAGGCUCUGAAUCUACUCAGACUCUCUAGUCGGAUUGAUGCAGUGGCUAGCCGUGUCGAGACUGCUGUAACAAUGCGUCAGGUGUCGGGAAACAUGGCUUCUGUGGUCAAAGGAAUGGACAAAGCUAUGGACUCCAUGAAUUUAGAACGAAUCUCUCUUAUCAUGGACAAAUUCGAAGCUCAAUUCUCCGAUCUAGAGGUGCAGACUUCGUAUAUGGAAGAUACGAUGGUGUCCACUGUUGCCACCACAACACCACAAGAUCAGAUUGACUUACUCCUGCAGCAAACUGCAGAGGAAGCGAAUAUUGAGGUCCAACAAGGUCUUGGUGCGACUGAUCUUGCCGGGAGGGUACCUGAGUUGAAGGAGCCGGAGUCAAAGCUCCACGAUGAGGAUGCCGAGCUAGUCAGCAGAUUGAGAUCCCUGCGGCCCGCGGCCACCUCCUAACUUUCCAUGACCCAUCCAACCUUUUCAUUCUAGCAUCCUUACGACAGAUUUUUGUAUGUUCAUAUGCUUUGACUUUGUAAUAUCAGGUAGCAGGAAUCCGGGUCGACGGAAAGGUGAUAAAUAAGUAAAUGUGCUGGUCUCAAUUACAGUACGAAAUAUAGGAUGUCCAUGCAUGCAAAGGGAUAUGAUCUACUUAGAGUAUGAGGAUGGCGGCAAGAAAACAGCCAAAUAUUGAGACUGCGAAACCAAUGAGUCCACUCAAAUCCCUAGAAAACCUAGCAGACAAUUGAGCGUCACCCCUUCCAGGGUAGUUCGAUGGGAACCCGGUUCGCGAGUAAUCGCUUAAGGCGACAAUGGAACCGGAGGAUACGACAAAGGACGAGAAAGGCGGCAAGGCAGUGCCGGUCUGUGUUGGUGAUGGGAAUGCUAAAUUCAUGGUAUU